GGAAGAAAGAAUCAAGUUGAGGUUUUGGGGAAAAUUCUGAGAGGAAAAAAACCCUAGAAGAAGAAAAGCUUAACAAAGAGCUAUCAAUGGCGGAUCCAUUCAAGAAAGUUAAUGGAGCGAGACUGACCUUCAAAGGAGGGGAUCUUGCCACUCGCAGCAAAACCAUAGACAAAGCGAAAAAGAAGAAGAAGAAGAGCAAGAAAACCAUAUCGGAGGAAGAAGCACUGGAGCAUGAGGAAGUCCUCUCAGGAGAAGCUGGAGGAUCUGGAGAGGUGUACACGAUCGAUGCCGCGAAGCGCAUGAAGUACGAUCAGUUGUUCCCCGUGGAGGCGAAGAAGUUCGGGUACGAUCCCAAGACGAUUUCGACGUCGGUGGAGGAGGCGCUCGAUGAUCGAGUCAAGAAGAAGGCCGAUCGUUACUGUAAAUAACUUGUGUUCUUCGCCAAUUUCUUGAAUCUAUCGAUGGUUCUGUGUUGUAGUUGUGGUUACUUUUGCCCUAACUUUCUCCUUUUUAUAUUUUUUUAGUAAUGCGAACAAUAGAUGAAUUUUCAUAAUGUAGAGCAUAAAUGUAUCUGGAAUUUGGAUAUUUGUUUGGUAAUUAGGAGAUCUUCAAUUUGAAGAACGCGAUAACUGGUGACGAAGGAACUUUUAAGGCUUCA